UUAGCUUGAACAGUAAUCAGGAACUGUGAGAAAGUAAUCAACCACGAAAUGUUCAACUCAAACUUUCUCUUAUUUACUCGUCAAUGUCAAAAGGUCACAUAGUUUUAGUAUAUAAACUUGAUUGUGCCUCUAUUCAACAAUUAUUAUUUGAAUUUGAAACAGAAAUUACAAGCAGAGAAAGAAAUAGACAAUCAAGAUGCAGGAAAAGAUUUUACAGUAUCCCUGUUAUGACAAUAAUAGCCAAGUCGAGCAAGUCACAAUGCCACCAACUGAGCAAGUUGACAACAGACCUAUUCCACAAAUAAGUUUGAAGGUACCAACACCCACAGAAACUUCGAGAGAGAAAAUGACUGCUUUUCUUCCGCCCGUUCAAAGAUAUUUCCAAUCUUAUAACGGUGAACAUACUCAGGAAUCAGCAAGACAGCAGACAGAUCAUAGUAUGCUAUACUUAAUGACGUCACAGAACAGACCAAAAACUCCACCCAGUAUGACAUUUCUUACACCAAGUCGUAUCAGUGGACCAAUCAUGACAGCAUACCAAACACCACCAACAAGACAUAUGCUGAAACAACAAAAAAGGAAAGCCAGUCCAUCAGAUGGAGAAUCAGAAAGAUCGUGUGAAGAAGAUGAAAUCGACGUGGUAAAUGAUAGAAAAUCACCAGAUAACAAUAGAGAAAUAGAUUCAUCCAUGUCUACCAACAAUACAUCAGUACUUGAAUCUCCGUCGACCGGAAGCAGUAACAAUUCAUCUCCAGCCUCCAUCUCGACUCAUAGUCCACUAUCGUCAGAUAGUAGUGUCAAGAAGAAGGUCAGAACAAAUUAUUCACCAAGUCAAGUUCAAGCAUUGGAAAAAAUAUUCCAUGAAAAUCCUUAUCCUGAACCAGAGACGAUGGAGAUGUUGGCCAGUGAUCUUAAUAUUCCAGAGGCUAAAAUUAAGGUUUGGUUUCAAAAUAAGCGUGCAAGAUGGAGGAGACGUGCAGCAGAGAAUCCCCACCCAGCUUACAUGACACCGAUGUCACCGAUGAUGUCACCUAUGCAUGCAUCAUAUGGCAUGGUUCCACAUCAUCACCCAAUGCUUCAUGGAUCACCAGCACAGAUGGUACCGGGACCAUUUUUCUAUCCAAAUCAGGCUGUUGGAACGCCCGGGCCCCAUUCAGUUCCAAGUCAUCAUUUCGGAACACCAGGACAAACAGUGCCUUCGACACCUGUCAGUAAUGGUUCUCCAGCUUCAACGACGUCGUCGACAACGUCGCCUGCCAGCACGUCUGACAAUCAGAAACAGUCACCUCAUAUGCAAAUGACACCGCCUUAUCAACAUAGACUUCCGCCUCACUUUUCUCCGUAUAUGCCGUUCUCGUAUCCAUACGGAAUGUGUCCGCCAUAUUUUUGUUGAUUUUAUCUAUUUAUCCUUGUUGACUUUGUUUUGCAAUUGUACAUACAUCAUACUGUAAAUACUUUAGCUCUUGUACAUAUGUACAUUGAAAUUCUAGGCUUUAUUGGUGCAAAAAGCUUUUUUUUAUACAAAUAUUGAAUGACUUG